CCCGACGCUGUUUGGGAGGCCAGCCAAGCUGUUCGGCAGCAGGUCGAGAAGGGUGCUACUUUCUUCCGGUGUUUGAGUGCUUUUCGCCGAGUUGCUUUUUGCUGCACACUCUUGACGUGUUUCGCUGAUGUUUUGAGUCCCGCGUUGCCUCUUGUUCUGACGGAACCGCGUUUCCUCGUUGAAUUCUGCGUUACAACUGCUGCGAUCGACUGGACUCGCCCGUUGCCAGCCCUGCCAGCUCGGUCCACGCUCGCUCGACUCUUGCUGAGAGGUGAGGAGCAUUUUCCGUGUCUCUUCUCUCCUCCUUUGUUCCCUUUUCAUAUUCGGGUCCGUGUUUUCAUCUCGAAGAAGAAUUUCCUCUAGAAAAAGACGGUUUUGGUUGCAAGAAAGUGGAGCUUGCCCCCUCGUUUCUUCUGCUGACAGGCCGUCUCCCUACGCUGCUGCAUGUGCACAUCCACCAGCCUUUCCACAUCGUUUUUCUGUAAACGCGAUUCUGAAAGAAGUCUCUCAAGGAGAAAAAAGCACCAAUACGGCGUUCUGAGAGACACACAGGAAGCCCUCGAAACUCGUGCAGAGAAGACAACCUGGCCGGCAGACCUCAACGCGUGCGCCUGACGACGAGCGGCACAUUCCCGGCUUUCCGGGCAGCUGGGCUUCUCACCUCUUCGCUUUUCUCUCCUCUCUGAAGCACCUUUUCUCUUCUUCCGUCUGCGCAGGGGCUCUUGAGCCUCGCCUCCUGCGCUUCGCCUACAUUGUCGGAAGAUUUCCUCUAUGCCCGUGCUUCCGGCCCUGCACCGUUGCGAGAAACGCAGGAUUCCGUUCGCCAGAGAUGCACUCGUGCUUCAUUGCAGAUCGCAGCAUUUUCUGCAGAACUCAGCUGCGCGCCGUCCGUCGCUUUUGUGCCUGGAUCAGCCGCUUUUCGUCAGUUUAGAACCGACAUGAAAGCUCCUUCCACGUAGACGCUCGGGAUGCUCGCGGCCGAGGAAAAAGCUCGAGAAAGACAACGGACACCUGUCUCCUCUCGCGUUUUUCACUUGUAAUGUGGAAGUGACAGUGCGUAAAGGAAAUCUCUUGACUCUGUCAUUCAGGCCUGCGAGGUCUUGAUUCUCCCCUGCAUCGUACUUCGACUUUGUUGAGUUUCGUUGAUGUCGAUAAGACUUCUUGCGUAAACCCCAACCCCUCUUCCCCCGAUAGGACUCUCUCUUCCACCCGAACCACACCCUGACUGUCUGAAAAGUUUCCAAGAGAGCAGAAGCCUCGAGGCGGAUCGCUGCUGUGCGAGCAUGGCCAGAGCGUACAGACAGGGCAAAGACGCCAGCGGGAGAACGCGCGUUCGAGAGGAAGACUGACGAAGGUGACACGAAGAAAAUUUGUGAGACAACAUGCCGGAGACAAAGGGAGGGGGAUAUGCAGAGCGUAAGCUGCGGAUCGCAGAUCCUUUUGGAGAUGACAAUGAAAUGCUGCAGCGUCUGACGGAAGAAGCCUUCAACUCUGUGUCCAAUGGAAAGCCGACAAUCAACCUCAUGCAAGCCUCAACGGGUUUAGAGUUCGCCCUCAAGCGGCUGCAUCCUGUCUGCCCCCUGCCCGACAAAGUCUGGUAUCCCGCGGUUUUCAGAAACUACGACUUGGACCGCGAUGGCGAGAUCGACAAAGAGGCCUUUAUCGACAUUCUUCAGCAGUAUCACGCGUACCACUACGCGAGACUGGUGAAGCGACAGCAGCGUCACCACGGCGGUCAAGUCACCGUCAACGUCAGCUGUGGCUCGGCGACUUCUCAGCGACGGACAGCGAUUCCUGGCCAGAGCGCAACCUCGCGAGCGGGUCUUGGUGCGGGCGGGAACGUGGUGGACAACAAGGAGCAGUCUCUCGUGCUUGCCUCUUACAUCAUGUAUCCCGCACACCACGGCAUCUGCGAAGUGUACAAAGACUACAUUUUCGGGGAAACUGCGGGGAAAGGGUCGUUCGGCAAAGUUCAGUUGGUCACGAAUAAGAAGACGGGAGCGCGACGUGCUUGCAAGUCGAUUGGCAUACAGUCUCCUGAUCAGUGGGAGCUGAUAAAGGCGGAGAUCGAACUGCUCAAGGCGUUGAACCAUCCAAACAUCAUGAAACUUUACGAGACGUAUCAAGACGGAUACACGAUCUACCUGAUCAUCGAAUUGUGCCAUGGAGGCCCUCUGUUCGACCGGAUAGUUCAGCACUACGAGAAACUUCGGUCGCCGAUCACCGAGGAGCAGGUCUCCCACUGGAUGCGACAGAUCUUGUCUGCAUGCGCGUACUGCCACGAACGGGGUGUUGUUCAUCGCGACUUGAAGCCUGAAAACAUCCUCUUUGUCGACAGCUCUCCAGACUCUCCCAUCAAGGUCAUCGACUUCGGUCUGAGUGACACGAUGCAGAGGCUACGCGAGACUGCGAAAGAAGUGAAGGAGAAGCGAGGCGGCGUCGGUGGGGCAGUCGCUCGCCUUUUGCCUUCGUUCAAUGGAAGGCACAUUAUCCCCUGGUACGUGCGGCGAGUGCGCAUGCAGCGGGCAGGCACGCCGCACUACAUGGCCCCCGAGAUGAUUCGAGGAGACUACGACGAGAGAUGCGAUCUUUUCGCUGUUGGCAUCAUAAUGUAUCAGCUUCUCUCGGGAAUUCAUCCUUUUUACGUUCCGGGUCUCGACAACGAGGAAACGGUAAAAAGCAAAAUUCUCACAGUCGACCCUCCCACGACAGGUGAAGAAUGGCAGUGCGUGACCUCUCAAGCAAAAGACUUGGUCCGAAAGUUGAUUGUCAAAAAUCCGAAAAAGCGCCUUAGUGCUGCACAAGCGCUCGAACAUCCCUGGUUCCAAUUCAUGCAGGGGAGACAGGCGAAGCCGUCACAACUGACGGCGUCUGUUUUCGAGGGGCUUCGCAACUGGCAAAAUCAGAACCGCCUCAAACAAGCUGUUCUUCAGUUGCUUGCGAAAGAGCUGAACGAAACAGACAUUUUGGAGCUGCGGAAGAAGUUCGAGGCUCUCGACCAGAAGGGCGACGGCACCAUAACGAUCGACGAGUUGAAAGAAAGCAUGCACAACGCAGGAUACAAAGUCAUCGAAAGCGAACUCGCCGCCAUAGUCGACUCCAUUGAUGCCCAGCACCAAGGCUUCAUUGGUUACAACGAGUUUAUCAGCGCCCUGCUGCUGCGCCGAAUGACACUCCAAGAAGAGCAGCUACGGGAAGUGUUCAACAAAUUCGACGUUCGAGGCGAAGGGUGUCUGACGAUGGAAUCGCUCCGGAAGGCUCUCAAAGGCUCUCGAUAUGGGCAAUUAACCGACGAAGAGCUCAAGUUGAUUUUCGCGGAGGUGGACAAAAACAACGACGGGUACGUGGACUUCUACGAGUUCUGCGAUUUGAUGACCUCUUAGCUGCUCUCUGUUUUCCGGCAGGGUCUGGCCGGUGACCAGGAUAGCGAGCAGCAUGAGCACAUACAAAUCCCUGUUUACAUUUACACCGGUGUAUGCCGCAUUUGCAUCGAGUCGCCCCUGAAUUGCACCUUGCGAUGCUGUGCUGGUGCUGGAAAACGGCGGUUGAGGCGCAAAGGUGCUUUUCGAGAGCCUUGAGAAGUCGCUCGUGCAGAAACGACAGAAGCAGGACAGCUACCAUCGGCAGCUCGGCUGUCGAAAGCCGGCUGGAAAGAGGAAGGGAAAGAGACACAAGAAGAUCCCAGCGGAACAUGCUCCUUAGAAGGGCAGAAUCGCAGUGCUUUUCCAGGCGGUGUCUGCGAAAAGCUGUUUGGUCUACGGGAAGAUGCGUUUGCAUGUGUGUAUCUCAUGGAGUCGCUCUCCGACUCCGAGGUUCUCUAGGGUCUCUAUUCGCGACUUGACUUUUUCUCAAUGUAGACGCAUCGUCGACUCGAACAGUCUCCGGAUCGUUUUCUAGUCGAGAACUUCGGCAAAAACUAUCCGCAGACUGUGUGCAGGGUCUUGCCUGUAUCUGUCGUUUGUAGAUGCACAUUUUUCGCGUCCUGUGGUUUUUUCACCAGACCGUUUUCACGUGCAAGUUUUUGGCCGUGUGUAGUUUUCACCACCGUCUCUCGGUGCACGUCCCGCAGGUUGUUUACGAUGCUGGGCAAUGCCAAAAGGACUUCUUCUAGGGCAUCCUCUGCCUUUCAGUCGUGCGAGGAGAAAACAGCGCUAGACUUCAGGAUGAUGUGUAAUGCUUUGUGCAGUCGAUUGUCGUGCGGUAACUCCUCUGUUCCUGAGCACCAGGUUUGUUAGAUGUUCAAACCUUGAACGUGAUAAGCGUUUGAAUUAAACGUCUCACGGAGCUCGGGAGCAAAGGUGCUUGAUCGUCUGGUUUAUUCCUUUUCAGCUGGCCGUUCCAGCAAUACGCAUGUGUGCGUCUGCAGGUAUAAGGGGGUUGUUCUCAAACAACUAAAUCGUGUUGGAUAUGUCAGCGAAUCACGUUUCACAAAUGCAAUCCGUGGAAGCUGUCUUGAUGUCCAUGACGUUUGUGUCCGUACUGAUAAAAUUUCCGUCGGGACAUUCCGUUUGCCUCGUCGCGGCGUCCCUGGGAGGAGAUAGGCAGCUGUAUCAGCGAUGCGGGAUCGCAAGAAUGCUCUAGAAGCUUGGGAAACUUGGAACCGAAGGCGGAGGUUUGUGUUCACCCAAGUUGCGGCGACACAAAGCAUGAAAGCCGUAGAUCUUCUCGUUUUCUGUGUUUUGACCGGGCGUAUCAAUGCAGUGGGCAUAUAUUUCCCUGAAAAGCAUUAUUUUUCGCGUCUGGCACGGUUGUGGGAAGCCCUUUCUCCCGGCAAUCGAUUCUGUCUUUUUUUGUUUGUGGGAAAACCGAACUGCUGGUCUUGCCCAAGGCGAUACGCCACGUGGUCGUUUGGUGUAAUGUGUUUUUGUUGCAUCUACAUUUUGUCGAAGCAGUUUCUGUUCUGAGAGUCACCGCAGCAGGGCUCGUGUAGCGUGUCGGUGCGCUAGGUUUUCGCUUUCCCGUGAGGAGCGUAGUUGAUUCUCGGGAGAGUGGCAGUUCCUCUCCAUUACUGAGAACCUGACGUGAGAGAGAUCCGAUAUAUCAUUACAAUUUGCUCUCA